UCCAUUUUCCCAUCCGAAAAAAGUAAAAAUAAAAUAAAAUAUUUAAAAAAAAAAACAGGAAAAAAAAUAACCAGGCAAACCCUCCGAUCCUCUCCUCCGCCAUGGUCGACCCUCCCACCACCGCUCCUUCUCCCCCCUCGCCGCCGCCGCCGUCAAUCAUGCCGAUGUUCUACUACUCUCUCAUCAUAAUCGCCACCGUCGCCGGUCUCCUCGCGCUCUACAACCUCAUAACCAUGAAAUGCGGCACUUACUCCUCGGAUCACCGCCGCUUCCCCGGUCCAAGCCGCUACCUAAGCCGGAGAUCUAUUUCCACCUUCAAAUACAAGCAGGACGCCGGCGGAGGCGGCGGCGGCGGAGGCACCGCCACCGCCACCUCCUCCACCGCCGCCUACACCGACAACGAAUGCGUCGUCUGCCUAUCGGCGUUCGAAGACGGCGAGGAAUUGAAACGCCUACCUAAUUGCAACCAUACCUUCCAUGCUCCGUGCAUCGAUAUGUGGCUAUAUUCGCACACCGACUGUCCUCUCUGCCGCACUCCUGUCGCACCUCCGCCGCCGCCUCCUCCCCCGGAGCUCCGCCGCGACGCUCUUCUCGGUCCGGUGGUUCUCGUUUAGCCCCCAAAUAAGAGAUUCGUCCGCCGUCAAGCAUCAACGGCCAAGAUGACUUCCGCUUUGAGAUUUACGACGACGUGAAUUGGAAAUUUUGAUUAUUUUUACAAAAUAAUGAAAAUUUAAUGUAUCCUAAAAAUAGAUUGCUUCAUUUGUAACUUUAUACACUUUUUGUACAAUUUUUUGCUAACUUCGAAGAGUUUUGU